GGCGAAAGUCUUCUCCUAAACCUCUUAUUCUGAGUGAAGCUAAAAAGCAGUUAAUGAUCUACAGACUACCUCAGGUCCUCCGACUGCACCUUAAACGAUUCAGGUGGUCUGAACGCAAUCACCGUGAGAAGAUCGGGGUCCAUGUCCUCUUUGACCAGGUAUUAAACAUGGAACCUUACUGCUGCGGGGACUCUCUCUCCUCUCUUGACAAAGAGACCUUUGUCUAUGACCUCUCCGCCGUGGUGAUGCAUCACGGGAAAGGGUUUGGCUCAGGACACUACACAGCAUAUUGCUACAACACGGAGGGAGGUUUUUGGGUCCACUGCAAUGACUCCAAACUGAAUGUAUGUAGUGUGGAGGAAGUUUGCAAAACGCAGGCCUACAUUCUUUUUUACACUCAAAGAACAGUGCAGGGCAAAGCAGAAAUCUCAGAAAAACAACUCCAAGCUCAGGUGCCGUCCAAGAACAGCGAUAAGGACAGAAGACUGACCUUCCCGUGAUGGGAAGCGCCAUCACUCAAUCAGCAGUCCCAGUUUU